AUUUAUCCACCCAAAUUAGUCACCGCGUUUUACAGAUACAAGACAAAAAAACGUAAAAUGCCUUUAUUACGAAACAAACCACUUGCAGACUGCCUCGAUUUCGAAGCAAGCAUUCGACAUUAUCAAGAUCUUAAUCACCAAAUAGAACAACAAACGACUGCUGUAUUCGACAUGGUGAACAAACUAAAUAAUUCCAAAAACUCCGAAAACUCCCAAUACGCAGAAAAAUCCAAAACUGAGGUCCUGGAUCAGUUUAAAGAAAGCAACAAGAACACUUCAUCAGACGCAACAGUCGCAUUGACGCGUGCAACCACUCGUGACAAACCUGCAGUGAAUAAGCAUCAAAUCAUAGUAGAUUUAAACCAGCGUUUACGCGAUCUGCAAAAUGAAUUGGAAUCAACAAAACUACAACAGAAGAAAUCGGAAGAAGAGAGAGAACUACAAAGGCAGGAAUUAAUUUAUCUUAAGGAGAAUGUAAAAAAGAUGAAAAGUGCCCUUCAUUCGAAGCAGCUGCUCUAUGACGCUAACAAGAAAGAAGUGGCAUUAGCGAUGGAGAAGUUGAAAUCGGAAGAACAGGCGCGAAAGUCUUUACAAAAGGAAAUCGAAAGAAUUGCUAAGCAGUUGAUUCUUGUCACAGCCGACAAGGAGAAAUUGGCCGAAAAGCUAGAGCAUUCGAAGACGGACCUCAUGUUGUUAAAGCAACAUAAAAUUGACGAUCAUCCCGUCAACAAAGUUCCCAUAAUGCUAAAGUGUAUUCGGAAACAGUCACUACUAAUCGAUAACUUAUUAAGGCAAAUCUCGUGCUUGGAACAGUCGAAAAACUUAUUGUAAAGCAUAGUCUAAUCACAUUCCUAAAUAUAAUUAUUUUACUACCCCCUUUAAAUGCAGUCCUGUUUUGUCUGCCACGCGCGAAACAGACAUUUUUCCUUUCAAGUUAAAAAAGAAUGUGUCUUAUUUCAUCAUCAUAGUACUUGCGUAAUACAAUUUUAAGAUAAUA